AUGAUCGAGAACACGCCACCGCUCCCUUCCUUCGCCGACGUCUUCUCCUGCCUCCUCCUUGACGAGUACAACAUCGACCACAACCAGCAGGAGGAGGGCGCCCACGCUAUGGCCGUCCAUGGCGGCCCGGCAGCGGACACAACGGUGGCGGCGGCUCUGCUGCCGAAGACCGGCGUGGCACUGGUUCUGACCGCGGCUAUGGCCGCGACACUCCAUCAGGCAGUGGCAGCCUCGGUCCAAUGGCAGGCCCAGAAACAGACCCAAAACCUGGCCAGGGGACAGUCCCUGUCGCAGGUGAUGCGUAUCCAUCUCGGAUCACUGCCCCCUCGAUCCCCUCGCCCCACCUACCUUGUCCGCUCCGAGAAUUCCCCCUACCACCCCGCCUGGGUUCCCAUCACGCGCUCCCCUCCUCGAUCCCCCACCCCGUCGCCCCACACCCAACCCACCCCGAUAGAUCCUCCUGCCCCACCCACCCCGCCCACCUCCAGCUCCCCAGGAUCCAACACCACGCCUAGCUCCAGCUCCCUUGGAUCCGACACCACGCCAUCCCCUACCAGCCUCUCCCGCCCGCGUGUGCGCCGCCUGCCACCAGAAUCUCUUGCACCCACUCAGCACUCGCCACCUCAGCCUCCCCUGCCCCUACGAGCUAUUGCUGUACAGCCACCCCAGAACCCACACAGAAUGUUAACCAGAGGCAAAACAGAUCCAAACUGGUACACUGCUAUGCUUGAGGAAUUUAAUGCCCUAAUGCGGAAUGACACAUGGUCUUUAGUUGCUCGUCCUGCAGCAAAUCCGGUGCAGCACCAAAGGACCAAGCACAUCGAGAUUGACCUGCACUUCGUCCGUGAUCGUGUGGCACUUGGUGAGGCCAAGGGAGUCCGUGAACUCUACGAACGGCAGCACUACGUGCGGCAGUGGACUAGCCACGAUCUUCUCUCUCUCUACUGUGAGAUUUAG